AUGACUAAUCCAUCAAAUUGCACCACCUUCAACUCGCUAAUAUUAACAUAUAUGUUAUUACUCAAGUAUAAGGGUUUUACUCUUAUAUUACUACAGCCAAUUGAAAAUAUUUAAAUUACUACUAUCUAUAUCGAUAUUGCAGAAGAAAGACAUCUACCUCAUACCAAAACUGUUUAUAUUUAAAUAACAUGA